CAUUGGCCUUGUGCAGCACCCCUAUCGAUCACGUCUUGUGUCAAGACUACGUGCACAUUGCUCAUGUCUGUACCAACUACACGUCCAAAUGUAAUGAUACAUACUUCGUCGUACGACGACCUAAUACUACAUUAUUUGACGGCUUUUUUGGGGGGUAGUUGGCGAGACUGUUGUUUGUUCAAGAUCAGCGAGCUGCAGUAGACGACCACACCCAUUACAAUUAGUGUUGUUUCCAACGUACAGACUGUCUUGUACAGCUUGAGUGAUGGACGAAAUCAACGCCCUCUCUUGGGAACCAUUUAUCCAGCAGUUUGGUAACGUUGUUGAGCAUGGACGGAUUGUAGCAGGUGCUAUAUGGGGGCUGCGACCAUUUGCUGAUACUAAAGCACUACAUGAAGCCGUUUGUGAGUUCAUGGACUCUCUACCCCCAAAUGGCAAAGAAUCGAUUCUGAGAUGUCACCCUGACCUCGCUGGACGUCUAGCCCAAGCUAAUCAACUCACAUCUGAGUCUGAUAAAGAACAGAGCAGUGCAGGCUUACUAAACCUCAGCCAAGAAGAAUCCAAUCUCAUUGCAGACAUGAACACACGGUAUAAAGAAAAGUUCAACUUCCCUUUUGUCAUUUGUGCGAGGGAAAACCAAAAAGUUGUUAUUAUUGCUGAACUGAAAUCCAGAAUUCACAACUCCAAGGAUGCAGAGCUUGAAAAAGGUAUCAAUGAAGUAAAAAAGAUUGCCUGGUAUAGGAUUGUAGAUGCCACUGCAAUGGAAUCAAAAUCAGCCAUUUCAAAAAUGUAACUGUAAAUCUUGACUUAGAGCUACAUAUUUUAUAAGAAGUUGUGUUGUAUGGGAUAUUGCUUGAUUUGUGUAUUCAUUCAUUCAGGCUUUAAAAACAUCAAAAACACAUAGCAGCAACAAAAUACUUGAAAUGUUUAUUUAACAGAAGAGACUUACCAAAAUAAAAAGAACAAAUAGGAGCCAAAAAGCUACUAAAUCACUAUCCAAAAGAACAAUGGGAAGCUUUCUGCUAUCAUUGUCUUCAAACUGUAGACAUUGUGCAAGAAUUACCUAAAUGCACUGGACAACAUUGGUAAUCACUCAAAAUCACUCAAGCAUAAAAGAGUAAUGGAGAGAUGUGAUAGUAUAACAGAAAUGGGAGAAAUGGUUCCCUUUAACCUUUAAAGUAACAUAGUUUUUGAGAAAUAGGUAAUUUCUCACUCAAAUAAUAAAAGCCUUCCCUUCAGCUGAAGCCU